AUGACCAAUGUGGCCUCUUCAGCUGUUUGCGCGCGCACCUCAUCGCGUUGCCAUUCCAUACGUAUGUCGAUAUGUCUACACGUCCGUCUGACGGUAAUUCCUCAAGGUGAUGAUGGUUCAGAUGGUCGUAAUCUAGCAGCAGCAGCAAGCUGGAGUGCAUAUCUAGUAGGUGACGGUCACGAUGGCGAUGGUGGUGGUGGUGGUGCUGGUGGUAGCGGUGGUGUGAGAGGAAGGAAUAGAAGAAAUCACACACUAUUUCGUCUGUCUGUUUGUCUGCCUGACUUGCUGAUGUAUGUACUGUGUCUGUGUGUGUCUGUCACUGCUGCCGACGAUCUCCGCCUGCACACUACCUCAUCGGACUGCAAGGUGAUGAAUUCCGCCUACUCACUCACUCACACCACACACACACACAUAUUCGGCAUCGAGGAAGAAAUGUCAGAGACUGGUGGUCCAUAUACUCGUAAAUACCCACCUCACCUCACCUCUCUCACCCUCGCGCCUGGCUCUCUGCUCGCUACCUCUACCACCGCCACCUCUCACCGGGCGGGCGCAAACCAUUGCUCGCCUUCUCCACCCAUCAUCAUCGUCAUUGAUCGUGAGAGGAAACACAUCCCUCCAUACGACUAACACCACCACUACAACAACAACAACAACAACAUACCAACGAAUAUCCACGCACAGCAGGGAGGAUACACACGCAUCCCGGGUCAAAGUAUCCGCCGACCGGCAUUGCUCCUCCGCUGCAUCGCAUCGCACGUUGCCGGUCCCGCACCGACUUUCCUUUCACCACCUGCACCGCUCAUCAUUCACUGUUUGGGUGACUGUGUGAGUGUACGCUAUACACGUACGCGCACACGCACACGCACACGCACCGCCAUAUACCACAGUUUACCUUUCUCUCUCCCUCGCCAUCCCUCGCUCUUAACUCACGAACCCAACUGCUGCAACCAUCUGACGACGAACCGGCACGUCAGCGCCAAACUCCUUCCUCUUUCCUCAUCAUCUACUUCCAACUUCUGACGACGCUCUCUUGGUUGAAGUAACUUCUACACGCAUCGCCGUUGUCUCAUUUACCAAACUCCUCCCCUCCUCCUCUCUCUCUCUCGUUUUCCCUCU